UAAAAAAGAAAAACAAAUGAUUGAAAAAUGAAUCAGGCAACGAAGAAGAAGAAGAUAUAGUUGGUAACUUUGGAGCUAAAAAUCUGAUUUCUGGAAAAUAUGGAAAUGGAAAUUCAUAACAGGAAAAAACAUUCCUUAUUAACAUCAUAGAAAAUUUAAUUUUGAAGGCAAAGAAAAGAAAUAUAUUCCGGUUUUCAGUAUCGGAAGAAGCUACGUCCACUGAUUCACGGCGUAUUUCCCAGAAGAACAAGUAAAAAAGUUUCAGGAAUCAAUGGCGACAGCAACAAGAUUAAGGGGAUUUGGUGCGGCAGCAAUGGUGGCUGUAGUAGGAACAUAUGGUGUCAUGAAGCUGAGAGACCCAAUUUUAAUUGCUGAAAAUGAUAAAGGGGGGAGUACAAUUAUGGAUGUAAAGAGAAGGAUUGCGGAUACUAAUAUGGUUAUUCCAUCCAGACAAUUUCAAGAGAAUGCUUUGAUGGGGAGUACUAUUAAGAAUCCAUUAGAUGUUUUAGUUGUUGGUGGUGGUGCAACUGGUUGUGGUGUUGCAUUGGAUGCUGCUUCUAGAGGGCUUCGUGUUGGGCUUGUUGAAAGAGAGGAUUUCUCUUCUGGGACUUCUUCUAGGUCUACCAAAUUAAUCCAUGGAGGGGUACGCUACUUGGAGAAAGCUUUCUUCAAUUUUGAUUACGGACAGCUGAAACUUGUUUUCCAUGCACUUGAGGAGCGUAAACAGGUUAUUCAGAAUGCUCCACACUUAUGUCAUGCUUUACCAUGCAUGACACCAUGUUUUGAUUGGUUUGACGUAGUUUACUACUGGAUAGGAUUGAAAAUGUACGAUCUGGUAGCAGGACGGAAACUGCUACAUUUAUCUCGUUAUUAUUCUGCAAAAGAGUCUGUUGAACUCUUUCCAACCCUUGCGAAUAAGGGUAAUGAUAAAAGUUUGAAGGGUACGGUAGUGUACUAUGAUGGUCAGAUGAACGAUGCUCGACUUAAUGUUGGAUUGGCAUGCACUGCCGCAUUAGCUGGUGCAGCUGUGCUUAAUCAUGCAGAAGUUGUAUCUUUCGUCAAGGAUGAGGCAAGUGAGCGUAUAAUAGGUGCGAAAAUCCGCGACAAUCUAUCAGGUAAAGAGUUUGUUACUUACGCAAAAGUGGUAGUUAAUGCUGCUGGACCAUUCUGUGACUCUGUGAGGAAAAUGGUCGACAAAGAUGCACCAACCAUGAUCUGUCCGAGCAGUGGUGUUCACAUUGUUCUUCCUGAUUACUACUCUCCCGAGGGCAUGGGAUUAAUUGUUCCCAAAACCAAGGAUGGGCGUGUUGUUUUCAUGCUUCCUUGGUUGGGAAGAACAGUUGCUGGAACCACAGAUUCAAACACCGAAAUCACAAUGCUUCCUGAACCGCACGAAGAUGAAAUUCAAUUUAUACUGGAUGCCAUCAGUGAUUACCUUAAUGUUAAGGUAAGGCGUGAAGAUGUUCUUUCUGCCUGGAGUGGAAUUCGUCCUCUGGCCAUGGAUCCCAGAGCAAAAAACACCGAGAGCAUUUCUAGAGACCAUGUUGUCUGUGAAGAUUACCCUGGUUUGGUCACAAUCACUGGUGGAAAAUGGACCACUUACAGAAGCAUGGCAGAAGAUGCAGUGGAUGCAGCAAUUAAGUCUGGAAAACUCACACCUACCAAUGGCUGUAUGACUCAGAACCUACAAAUUGUUGGUGGAGAUGGUUUUGAUCCAGCAUCUUUUACUGUUCUAGCACAGCAAUAUGUACGUAUGAAGAAGACCUAUGGUGGAAAAGUAGUUCCAGGGGUUAUGGAUAGUUCAGUUGCCAAACAUUUAGCUCAUGCAUAUGGCACUUUGGCCGAACGAGUAGCUACAAUAGCACAGGAUGAAGGCCUAGGAAAACGCCUUGCCCAUGGUUACCCUUACUUGGAAGCAGAGGUUGCAUAUUGUGCCCGUCAGGAGUACUGUGAAUCAGCUGUGGAUUUCAUUGCUCGGAGAUGUCGACUUGCUUUUCUUGAUACAGAUGCUGCAGGCCGAGCGUUACCCCGUAUAGUUCAGAUACUGGCUGCCGAGCACAAGUGGGACAAAUCUAGACAGAAACAAGAACUUCAGAAGGGUAAUGAGUUUUUGGAAACAUUCAAGUCAUCCAAGAAUGCUCAAUUCCAUGAUGGAAAGCACACCAAGGUUGAAGUGGAAGGUGCCUGAAGUUCAUCCUCAACAUACAGUUCCUUAGCCGAUGGGGGAGACGUGGCCAACACAAACCAUACUCUUUACAUUUUUUGGUGCAGACCCGCAUAUAGUCUAAUUACAAAUAGCAUUCCAAAAUGUCAUUUCAUAAACUUCGAAAUCACUAGCUCGCAAAGUCGGUCUACACCAUCUGUUUAAAUCUAUCAUCUUAACAAAAGAAAACCAAUUGUCUUUGUUGUAGCACUGUAAUCCACAGCCAAGGUAUAAAAAAUCCUAUUAAUAAAAUGAAUUGUGAGAUUACUGUUGGUCA